GGAGGAGGAGGAUCUCUCCCAAUAAGUUUACUUUGUCCUUUGCGGGAGAUGAGAUUCAGCCUCUUCGAGCCCAAGGAGAAACGAUCGGGGUCGGGAGAUGAAGUUGUGUUCACGCUGAAAUCUGUAGGAUUCGGGACCGUCUGCAGUCAUGGACGAUUCAGAGUAGCAGAGUUCUGUUGGAUUCUGGGUUCGUGCGCUUGCGGCUGAGCGGACCUCGCAUUGCGACUCCACGCGGCUCUGAGGGAAACCAUAUCUGGUCAAAGUAUUCGUUGCUGUCACCCAGCAGGGCCGACUGUCUAUUAAUAGCGCUGGAGGAGGUGUGCUGCCUUUGCUGUUAUCUUACCCCUGAGGUGGGGAUCAGUGGGAUUUCCAGACUCCUGAUCACCUUCAUCUGGUCUUUCUCAUUUGGAAGGGUUAUUAAGGCGUGCUGUGCAUAAUGUCGGUAAUGAAAAAGGAGAUGGAGAAGUACAGGGACAUAGACGAGGACGAGCUCCUGAAGAAACUCUCAGAAGAGGAGUUGCAGCGGUUAGAGGAUGAAUUAGAGGAGCUUGAUCCUGAUAAUGCAUUGUUGCCUGCCGGGCUCCGGCAGAAGGACCAGACCAAGAAAGCACCAACAGGAACAUUUCAGAGAGACAACCUCCUGGCCCAUCUGGAGAAACAAGCCAAAGAGCAUCCUGACAAAGAAGACCUGGUACCCUACACUGGGGAAAAGAGAGGGAAAGCCUGGGUGCCUAAGAAGAUGGUGGACCCAAUCAUAGAGAGUGUGACUCUGGAGCCAGAGCUGGAGGAAGCCCUGGCCAGUGCUACAGAUGCAGAACUCUGUGAUAUUGCAGCCAUUUUGGGCAUGCACACCCUGAUGAGUAACCAGCAGUACUAUGAAGCCCUGGCCAGCAGCAACAUAGUCAACAAGCAAGGCCUUAACAGUGUGAUCCAGUGCACCCAGUAUAAACCUGUCCCUGAUGAGGAGCCAAACUCCACUGACGUAGAGGAUACGCUGAUGAGAGUAAAGAGGAAUGAUCCUGACCUGGUGGAGGUCAAUCUAAAUAACAUAAAAAAUAUCCCCAUACCAACUCUGAAGGCAUAUGCUGAGGCUCUGAUUAAAAACACUGUGGUUGAGAGGUUCAGCAUCGUUGGAACCAGAAGCAAUGACCCUGUAGCAUUUGCCCUGGCAGACAUGCUGAAGGUAAACACGACGCUGAAGACUCUAAACGUUGAGUCCAACUUCAUCACAGGAACUGGAAUCCUGGCCCUCAUUGAAUCACUACAGAAUAACAGCACACUACUUGAGCUCAAAAUUGACAAUCAGAGCCAGCCACUGGGAAACAAAGUGGAGAUGGAGAUAGCCAGCAUGCUGGAGAAGAACACCACAUUGUUGAAGUUUGGAUAUCAUUUCACCCAACAGGGCCCACGUCUCCGGGGCUCCAACGCCAUGAUGAACAACAAUGACUUGGCCCGGGUUGUCAGGUCGGAGUCAGACGGCUCUUUCACCCUCACUCUAUCUGUUCCUGAGCUGGAGAGAGCCUUCGGAAAAAAAUUCAAGUCCAAGACUAAUAAGAAAGAGAAGGCUUGAAGGAGGACCCAUCUUCCCAAAGUGUCGAACAAAUGUGUAACCAGGGCUACCUUCAACUUCCUCCAACCUCACACCCACCAACAGUCCUCUACAAGUUCAAAGCUCUCAGUGCAUGCAAGAAGUGAGAUUAAUACUGUAAUUUUGUGCUCUGAAGGUAAUAUUUUCACUAAGCUCAAACAACAAAAACUGAAGCUGUUUUUAUACUCUAACCAGGCAGCUCAUCUGUUUUUGGGAUCGUUUAUCCUCAAGUGUCCUUAAAGAGGUCUGGUUUUGAGUGUAGGCCAAUUGAAAAGGUGAUGGUCAAGUUUUAUCUUAUUUACACUGAUUUGAAUAACUGACAAUAAUUAUUAUUGUCCUAUAUAUGAGUUGUGUUUCCACUACUGCUGUUUCCAGCAAUUCUGUCAUUGUGAUAAGGUCAAUAAACAACACAUUUUCUCUUUGUGGUAAUGCCCCUUUUAAAUGCCAACGACUAUAAGAAGAGCUGCAAUAUUAAAUGCUAAUGCAGUUAUAAAAAUUGGAUGUUACACGCAUAAAGUAAGGUAAACCUGGCUACUGUGGGAUAUAUGCACAAUAUAUUUAUUUAAGACAACAAGAGUCAAAGCCAUUUAAGUAACUUUGAUUAAUUUUGUUUAAUUGUGUAAGAAGUUUAGGGACAAAAAAAGUUUUUUUUAAAUAACGAAAUAUUCUAUGAAUGGUCUAAAAAAAGGAGGGGAAGAAAUUCUGACUACAAACAUAACCCAAACAGCCUGCGAUUAUUUGAAUGGAUUUACAUCAGACUUUUAACCAGGUCUGGUUUUUUUUAUUGUUUGUGUUUGUUUAUUUGUAUUUACUGGAGCUAAAAUGUUUGCUUUAAUAUUAAAUGGUUGUUGCUGUACUUGUUGAGAACAAGUUUCAUAUUUAAUGCAUCAAAGGAGAAAACUCUUUUACAGCCCUCAUAUUACACAAAUCCACCUAUUUUAAAUAAAUUAAUACAAACAAAUAAAAAAGGUUUUCAAAACAUGUUUAACCUUGACAGGCUUUUACUGAACCACUGAAGCACUUUUAUCCAAGAUUAAUCCUAUAAUUGAAUAUUAUGGAAAUGUUAUUGUGUGCCCUUUUAGACUCUUAUAGCUUUAUGUUGAAUAAAUGCUGCAGUUUACGUGGCAGUACUCAAUGCCAUUUCUUCUUAUUUAACAUCAACAGUGCAAAGAGUAAAUGGCUGUCAAAAUUAGAGCCCAUGAAGAUCCAGCUAGAAAAAAUUUGUUUUCUCAAGAUUAAACAGCUUUAAGAACCAGCCAUGUCUCCCUGAAGUGAAGAGCUGUACCUGAGGAGUGUGUUUUAAAGGUUCAAUAACCUGUUGAAUGUUAUUUCAUUUCACUGCUUUGUUACAAACUUGUCAGUACUGAAUGCAUCAUUCAACAAAUAAGUAAUUAUGGAUGUAAAGAUUUGUAACUGAAUGCUGAACAUCCAAGAAAAUUCAACUCCUUAAACUCAGUUUUUCUGUGUCCUACUCAUUUCUUGACUUGUGUUUUCAUUGUGAUAUUGUGGUGAUUUUUUUCAUUAAGUAGAACACUGUAGAAAAUUUUUUGAUUUUGUUGAAAGAUUUUGUUUAUGACUUUAAUAAAGAUUUAAAAUUG